AUGGGCAAUGGCACGGGGGUGACAGAGUUUAUCCUCGUGGGGCUCACAGAUGACCCAUACCUGCAGGCUCUGCUCUUUCUCGUCCUCUUCCUCACCUUCGUGUUAAGCGUCACCGGGAACCUGACCAUCGUCACCCUCACUCUCCUAGACUCCCGCCUCCGCACCCCCAUGUACUUCUUCCUGCGCAGCUUCUCCUUGCUGGAGAUCGCCUUCACGUCCACCUCCAUUCCCAGAUUCCUGGUCACCAUCGUCACCGGAGACAGAACCAUUUCCUUUUCCAACUGCUUCACUCAGCUCUUCUUCUUCAUCUUCCUGGGGGUGACGGAGUUCUUCCUCUUGGCCGCCAUGUCCUACGACCGCUAUGUUGCCAUCUGCCGGCCCCUGCACUACACGACCGUCAUGAGCGGGGGCGUAUGCUCCCUGCUGGUCCUCUGCUCUUUUCUCGCUAGUUAUCUGAUCGUGUUCCCACCGGUUGUGAUGGGCGCCCUGCUAGAAUACUGCACCUCCAACGUCCUCAAUCACUUCAUCUGUGAUUCUUCCGCAAUGCUGGAGCUUUCGUGCACAGACACUCGCUUCCUGGAACUGAUGGCUUUCCUCCUGGCUUUGGGGACACUUCUUAUCACCCUGGCGCUAAUGACCGUGUCCUACACGGCCAUUGUCCGCACCAUCCUAAGACUGCCCUCCUCCCAGCAGAGGAGAAAGGCCUUUUCCACCUGCUCAUCCCACAUGGUCGUGGUCUCCAUUACAUAUGGCAGCUGCAUCUUCAUGUACAUCAAACCGUCUGCCAAGGACAGGGUGGAACUGACUAAGGGUGUAGCGUUUCUCAACACCUCCGUGGCUCCCAUGCUGAACCCCUUCAUCUACACCCUGCGGAACGAGCAGGUCAAGCACGCCUUCAGGGACUUGAUUCAACGAGUUGGAUUUUCCACCAGGAAGUGA